AUGAACGUCGAUCUCCCAAUUACACAUGGCUCAACGACUGAGAGCGCAUCGGAGGAGUCUUUGAGAGUCAGAAAGCGGAAACUGGAAGAUGCGUUCCAUACUUUAGACAAUGCUGUCCAAGGACCUCCAGCAGACCGUCCUUCCGCACCGAAGAAGACCUACAUACCGCGUUCCCUAUACUCUACCUUGGCAAAAUAUGGCAUCAAAAACAAAGAACAACAAGCGCCAGAUCCUGCAAUCCCAACUCUCUUCAGAAGUAACACAGCUCCAGAACUCGGAGAAGCAGCGAAGAAGACACCACAUUUGACUGCAAUCCUAUCCCGUGCAGCGACACGAACCAAGAACGCGUUCUCCUUCAAAUUCCCUUCAAAUUCUUCCGCACCUCUGUUAAAGCCCGGUGCAGAAUACCGGCCGUCCUCUCUGCAGUCCUUUUUGUCUCGUUUGGAGACCUUCAAGUUUACCACAUACGCGAACAAACCUCCGUGCUUGGACGCUGUAGCGGCAUCAAGUGCGUCAUGGGUUGUAGCAGGAAGAGAGGGUAUGGCUCGUGAUGUUGCGAAUGCUUUACUGGAGAAACAACGUCAAGGAUUGGUCGACAACCACAAGAACGGUUGCCCCUGGAGAACACGCCAAUGCGAUCCUGGAAUUUACUGUAUACCACUCACCUCUCCGAGUAACACCGUCAAGGAGGUCAAGUCAAAUGCCCUGGUACUGAAUCCCUUGAUGGAAGGAGUGGUGAUCAAACAUCCUCUGACUCCGAACCAACUAAACUCCCUCAAGAAAACUGUUGCAUCCUACCGCCUUCCACCGACGAACGACUCCAAAGACCCGGAGAAGGAAAAAGAUGCAGAAAAGCCCUCGAGUCCACCUCCGGCAAACGACGACGCAAUGGACGUAGACGAGCCUCCCUCUGCAGAGCAAAGGCCACAAGCGCAAGAGCCUGAACCAGAACCAGAACCAGAGCUCUCGGAGGCAGCCAUCGUCGCCUCUCUAUUUGGAUGGUCUUUCGUCCCUCCCGCACCACCCCCACUUAUCGACCCUCGACUCCGUCGGUCCUCGACAACCAUUGGCGUCAAGUCGGCGUCAGCAGGUCUCAAUCUAACACCGUCUCGCCCUCUGCUAUCCAGACCAGGGACCCCUGCAGGCACGCCUUCGCGGCCCACUUCCCGACCCUCAACACCGUCCUUAUCACACCGUUCUCCUAUGCCCCUCUCUCGACUAGCAUCCCCUGCGCCGGAUGGCGAAAACAGGGCUAGGACGCCGUUCCGUUUCCAGACGCCUUCCCUCAGCCUUUCCAAUAAACGCGAAAACACCCUCCUCCAAUGUAAUCUGUGCCAGCGGAGACUCGGUCUCUGGGCAUUUACCUCUUCGAAGGACGAGACAUCCAAGACCGGAGAAGACACCUCCAACGGCCCGCCCUCAAGUCCCACAACUUCCCCAUCAUCCAGGCUAACGAGGCCUGGAAGGACAAUGCCUCAGCGGCAGUUUGACUUGCUCAAGGAACAUCGGUCGUACUGUCCGUAUGUCGUGAAAUCAACUGUCGUACCUACACUUCCUUCGUUCGACCCAAAGGCUCCGAGUUCAGGCAGCCGUGCUUCCUCGGAUAGGCCUGCCGCCAACCCCGGCCUUUCAAGAUCCCUAUCGACACUUCAUAAUCCAAACGCAGCAAUGGAAGGUUGGCGAGCGGUUCUUACUGUGCUACUGAGGUACGGGUUGGCACAGAGGCAGAGACAAGAAUACGAUGUCUUUGGGAGGGCGACGGCCAACGAUGGGGAUGCCAGUGCCAAUGGGGAAGAUGGCCAACAAGAGAUGAAUAAUGUCAAGGCGAUGGUGGCCGGUGUCAAGCAGCGGGGUGGACGGGACCUAUUGAAGUAUGUGAAGGGGCUGCUGGGGUAG